AUUUUGAAUUCGUGGGAAACAGUUCAGGGCAACCAUACAUCCUGCACACUAAUAUGUUUGUCGGAGGUGUAGGUGGCACAGAGCAACGAUUUUAUUUAUGGUUUGAUCCUACCGCUGACUACAAUACAUACACAGUCAUCUGGAAUCCCUUUCAGAUCCUGUUACUGGUAGAUGGAAUUCCUGCCAGAGUGUUUGGCAACUUUGAGGGAGCAGGUGUGCCAUAUCCCAAUGAGAAGCCAAUGAGAAUGUUUUCAAUCUUGUAUAAUGGAGAUCAGUGGGCAACACAAGGAGGCAGAGUGAAAAUUGACUUUUCCCAUGCACCAUUUGUGGCCUCCUUCUCCAAUCUCACACUUGAAGGCUGUGUGUGGAAUAUGGAGGACUUUAAUGGCAGCCUUGCUUUGUGUACCUCCACUACCCAAGGAAAUCACUGGUGGGAUGGACCAGAGUUUAGCAGUUUGAACUAUGCCCAGCAGGGACAUUUGAAGUGGGUUCGUGAUAAUUAUCUUCUUUGUGAUUAUUGA